UGUGUGUAUGUGUGUGCGCGCGUGUGUGUGUGUGUCUCUCUCACACAACAUAAAGGCGACGUUCAGGGCUAAAAACUUGCAAUUCAUGGCAUGGAGGAGUCAGCGGGCAGCCGUAGCCCUCUGAUCUGUAAGGUUCGGUGAAUGAGCAGCACAUCAUGGUCUGAACCCAGUUAUCAUGGAGCCGAAGCAAAGCCUCGUCUAGCUGCUCGAGUGUUGUGCUCUUUUUUUUUUCUUCCCUGUUCUGUUUUUCUUCUCCUCGGUGAAAUCUGACACAACAUCAGCGGGUUUUAUCUCCAGUUUGGGUGGCCGAUUCAGGCUAAUUUUCCUGCGCGUUUCACAAACAGCAUCAAGAGAAAAUAAAUAUUCGGCUAAUACUGCAGCGUUUCAGAUGCCUUCAACUUUGAGCUAGAGGGACAACCCCUAAACCCCGUUUUUACACGAGGGACAGACACACAGGCAUCUCCGUCAUCUUACACUUUAUGAAAAGGACGCGUCUCGGUAAACGGUGAUCGGAGAACUGACGGGGGCCAUGGCAGCUACUUUAUCGGCUGAGGAAGAACAGGCUACAAGGCAGUUUCUGGAGGAAAUCAACAAGUGGACCAGUCAGCAUGGAGUGUCACCAUUGUCCAGGGAAUUGGCUGUCAAGUUCCUCAUGGCUCGCAAGUUUGAUGUUCUCCGAGCCAUCGAGCUAUUCCACAGCUACAGAGAAACGCGUCUUAAAGAAGGAAUCGUCAGACUUCAGCCUCAGGAAGAACCUCUGCGCUCAGAGUUGCUCAGUGGAAAGUUCACUGUGUUGAGUGUACGGGACCCUUCAGGGGCUUCCAUUGCCUUGUACACAGCCAAACUUCAUCACCCAAACAAGACAGGUAACCAUGUGGUGCUUCAGGCCCUCUUCUACCUCCUGGAUCGGGCAGUGGAAAGCUUUGAGACCCAGAGAAACGGCCUGGUGUUCAUCUACGACAUGGCAGGCUCCAACUACACAAACUUUGAGCUGGACCUCAGCAAGAAGAUCCUCAACCUGCUCAAGGGGGCGUUCCCUGCCAGGCUGAAGAAGGUGUUGAUUGUCGGGGCCCCUGUUUGGUUUCGAGUGCCCUACAACCUGCUCAGCCUGCUUCUCAAGGAGAAACUUAGGGAGAGGGUACAGAUGGUGAAAAUGGCCGAGCUGCGCCAACACCUCCCCAGAGACUGUCUCCCCCAGCACCUCGGCGGUUUGCUGCCUCUGGAGGCAUACAGCUGGAACCAGCAGCUACUGGCGGGCCAGAACGGUCGUGUAGACCCAGUGGACGAGCUGGUGGGCAUUCCCGUAGAAGAUGCUUCUAUUCACGUUGCCGGACCCGAGUCCAUGCGCCCGCAGGAGCUGCUGACACACCUCGGCAGGCUUCAGCGCUCCGGCAUCCAUCAAGAGUAUGAGGAGCUCCGCAAAGAACCGCCACCUGGAACCUUCCACUGUGCACAAUUAGCCUACAAUCAGGAAAGGAAUCGCUAUGGAGACGUGCUGUGCCUUGAUCAAACAAGAGUUCGUUUGAAAGCCAGAAGGAACGAGAGAUCAGACUACAUCAAUGCGAGUUUCAUGGACGGCUACAAACAAAGGAAUGCAUACAUUGGUACUCAAGGACCACUGGAAAAGACCUAUGGUGAUUUCUGGAGAAUGGUUUGGGAACAAAACGUGCUUGUUAUUGUCAUGACAACCAGGACAGAUGAGGGCAGUCGGAGGAAGUGUGGACAGUAUUGGCCUCUGGAGGAAGGGGGACAGGAGGUCUAUGGCCACAUGGCAGUGGUUAACCAAAGGGUUGACCACCACACCCACUACAACCACACCACCCUCGAACUGCACAACACUGAGACAUGUGAACAGAGACAAGUGAGUCAUUUCCAGUACCUCAGCUGGCCUGACUACGGCGUUCCCACCUCAGCAGUGACUCUCAUUGACUUCCUGGGAGCUGUGAAGAGACAACAGAGGAAAAUGGUGAAGGCUUUGGGACUUCAGUGGACAGGCCACCCACUGGGACCCCCAAUGGUGGUCCACUGCAGUGCAGGGAUUGGGAGAACAGGUACCUUCUGUGCCCUGGACAUCUGCCUGUCCCAGCUACAGGAUGUAGGCUCACUAAAUGUAUAUCAGACGGUGCGACGCAUGAGAACACAGAGGGCCUUCAGCAUUCAAACCCCGGACCAGUACUACUUCUGCUACAAUGCCAUUUUGGAGCAUGCCCAAAGGCAGGGCCUGCUCCCAGCCAAUCAGUGAGCUUCAGCCCUGACUUCCCAAACCAAUCCAUAAACCCUGAGAUUUCUGCAGUCAAUCUGUUAACCCCCAGCUGUGUUGUGUGACCAAUUAGUGAGGCCAGGAAAAUUAACUUCCUCACAGAAGCUGUCUUUUGAAACUAGGCCAUUCUUCAUUGGCAAGCCAGACCGAGACAAGACAAGUGUUGACAUGAUGUUUCAAUGUGAUAACAUUCUCGCUUUCAACAAUGUGACAUUUUCUUUUAGCUUGACAUAUCUCAGAAAAUAUGUGGUGGCGUGAACAAACUGCUCUUAUGUUGUGCAGUUUUGUGGUCUGUGGUUAGGCACAUUGGGUGAAGUGAUAGAGGUAAUGUACAUUAACCUUUUGUUUAUUUAUGUGCAACUUUAAACCAAUGUUUUAGGGGACCCAGGAGUAGUUCACCCCAAAAUAAAAAUUCACUCAUUAUCCAUCAUGUCGUAUCAGUUAAAACUCCACUAAAGUUUUGUUGUAGCCAAAUGAAUGCCCCAUAGGCAUAAUUACUGUACAUGGACAAUAUCUUGGUCAGAUGCAUGAAGUAACCAUUGUAGUUCCAUGCCAAGCGCUUUUAUGCUUUUUAUGUAUAAAUUGUAUUUAUUGGUGUUUCAAGUGAGAUUGGUGAGACAUAGGUAACUGACACAGUUUUCAUUUUGGGGUGAAAUGAUCCUUUAACUAAGUACAUUACUUUCAUUCCAAACAGGGAGCAUGAGCUCCACUGUCAUGCAACAAUAAAAGGUUUUAGUUAGGUCACUUUACACCUCCUGUGCCCAGGAUAAAUUGUGUUCACUGUAGUGCAUUUUUAGCACAUGGCAUAUGUCACGUAGAUGGUACGAGCUAGUUCUGCAUUGUCUCAGGAGAGUCAUACUGAACACAGGAGGUGAAACUGCCCAACCUAUUGCCAAAAAACUAUUUAGUCAAAAAGUGUUUUGACAAGAAGUUGUUGUAUUCCUUUGAGGUUGCAUGAUGCAUUCUCCGCUGCCUCAGUAAAUAUAUAUAUAAAGAGGGGUAAAGCACAUCCAAAAUGAUCAGGCUAUAAACUCAAAAUGGCCCUUACAUCCCUUUGGUCAUCACUCAUUAAAUUGCUGUUCAUGUGAAUUCCUCCUAAGUUGUAGUUUUUUUUUCUAUUUUUCCAAAUGUAUCCACUGAAACCCAGACCUUCCACUUCACCUAAACAUUGAGAUUGCCUGACUCGCAGUACAGACAGUGACCUGUGUCUGUCAAGCCUUUGCUCACUAGCAGUGCCAUCAUGCUUUGGUGAUUGUGGGAAUGUAUUGCUAAGCGCCUACACACACAUUUUAGAGCAGUCUGCAGUGGCUAUGCCAUUAAAGUAUACAUUCGUGGAAGUCAUCAGUUAAGACCUCAUGAGUAGUGCAAUACUUUCUUUACUUUUUUUUUUUUAUUUUUUUACACAAAUCAUGUCUUAGCACUUUUAAAUAACUAUUCCCAAUGUGCUCUGAGAUAAGUCAUCAUGACAAUAGAAUGGGAUGACUAAUAAAAUUACUCAAUAGUAAUUCUGUGGGUCUACAUGUGAUGCUGUGAUAACUUGAUUGUUAUUGUUAAAUUUAGUAAUGCUUAAAUAUAAAACAUUUAGUGACAUUUUGGACUAACUGUAAAGAUCUAAAUAGAGCUUUAUUGGGACAAAUCAAGAGGAUUUUACAGAGAAACCAGAAAUAAAUGACAGAAUUGCUGAAAUAGCAUGCACAAAUCUGUCUCUACCCUACCUUGAGAAUCUGAAAUUUAGGUUGAAGUAUAUUUCAUUAUUAUUGUGUUACUUUUAAGUUCUACAGACUGUGGUUGUAAUGAGUGAUUUCAUCUGGUCCCAGUAUCUUGCCAUUAUUAUAGAGUACAUGUACAAAAACUGAGUGUCUGUGUCAUACGUUGCAUUAUGUUGUUGCCAGGUGAAAAAAAAUGUGUUCUUUGCUACAGAAUUCAUAUUGAAUUUGCUUGUAGUAAAGCAUUUUUAAGUCUGCCAUCCUCAUGCACUCUGAUUUUAAAAUUAUUUUACCUUUUAAUGAUGGACGCAAAAUGUGCCCUAUUUUAUUUUUCUAUUGUAUUCAACAACUGUUUUCAUACGAUUACCCAGGAUAUACAGUUAUCUACAUUAAUUUUAUAUUUGUUCUAUUAUAACCUAUUACUUUAUCAUUCGUAUGACUAUUGAAUCAAGCUAUACUGUAUUAAAUACAAACUAUGUCAACAUA